AUGCCGUCACAGGAGCCUCGCUCAUCAGAGAACAUCUCCGCUAUCACAUCGCAAGGGCCAACACGAUAUCACGAGAGGCGAAAUGACGAUGAACCAAACCAACAUCGGCUAGAGACAGCUCUGAAUGUUACUGGAAAAGACAAGGGCAGCACCGAGGCUUCAAGUGCGGAAUCAUCGGUCCAGAACCCGCCGUCCUCUAGCAAAGAAUGUGUCAUUAAGCGGUUUUGGAGCAAACAAGUCAGCGUAGUAGUGGAGUUUGAGACUUGCCGCGACCACCUAGGUACGUUCUGUGCGUGUCCAGCUGCUCUUUACGCACGGUUUCGCAUUAGGAGCACUUCAAGAUUGAGUUCGGAAAACCCCUUCCGCAUCUUCAUAGCUCUGCUACUCCGUCCCGGUCAUACGGCAAGAUGGUGGGAUGUUACUGUUCCAGAUCUUUUUGCACCGGAUGAUCAGUCAAGCAGCAGUCUGCACGGUUUAGUGACCCCUGACACCUCUCUACUAUGCGUCCAGAAUUCCCUUGAGAUUGUCAUUCCUGAUCGUCCCAUUCAUCCCGAAAGUUUCUUUCCUCGAUACCAGGACAGCAGACCCUGA